CACUCACACUGCUGAACCCAGCCAACAGCUUCUCUUUUUGACCGCGGUCCGAAUAAUAAUAUAACUGAGGCCCGGCACCAGAUCUCUUGUCAAGGUCACCCUGUUCGAUCUCACUCCUUCGUGAGGAGAGUGGCGACGUCUCCAAGUACUUACCAGUCGUCUUAAUCAUAGCACAACGAGGUCGUGAUUAGUGUGCCCCAAAAACCUGCAUGGGCGCGCUUAUUUUGGGGCGCCUCCAGUGCGGUCUUCAGAGCAUGAGAAUGCAGAAGUUGCGACAUGUCUCUACGCACUCGCGGUCCCGCUAUCUGAGCACGAAAACUCCCUAUCGAGCCGAAGCCUUCCACGCCCAGCUUGAGGAUCCUUCUAACUCGGCUUUCCUCACCUCUUUGAAAAGACAACCGAAGACUCCGCAGACCUUGACGGAAAAAAUUGUACAACGUUAUGCCGUCGGCCUACCAGAAGGAAAGCUCGUUAGGGCUGGCGACUACGUCAGCCUUGCACCAUCCUAUUGUAUGACACAUGAUAACUCGUGGCCCGUCGCCCGCAAGUUCAUGUCCAUGGGAGCAUCGAAGAUUCACGAUAACAGGCAGAUUGUUAUGACUUUAGAUCACGAUAUCCAGAAUAGAAACGAGUCGAAUCUUAAAAAAUACCAACAAAUAGAGGAGUUUGCAAAGAAGCACGGCAUUGACUUUUAUCCAGCAGGGCGGGGAAUCGGUCAUCAAAUUAUGGUUGAAGAAGGAUAUGCAUGGCCGGGCACACUUGUUGUGGCAUCGGAUAGCCAUACAAAUACUUAUGGUGGUGUUAACUGUCUCGGUACCCCUAUCGUGCGUUCAGAUGCCGCGAGUGUGUUUGCCACAGGUCGCACGUGGUGGCAGAUCCCGCCCAUUGCGCGGGUGACAUUUACGGGGACGCUGCCGGUUGGCGUGACGGGCAAGGACGUAAUUGUCGCAUUGUGCGGGCUAUUUGACAAGGAUGAGGUGCUUAACCACGCCAUCGAGUUCACCGGUUCAGAGGAGACCAUGGCCAGUUUGCUCGUGGACAGCCGGCUGACCAUCGCCAACAUGACGACCGAAUGGGGAGCACUCGCUGGUCUGUUCCCGAUCGACCAGACGCUGGAGCGCUGGCUGCGGAAUAAGGCUACGGAGGCGGCGAUGCUGGAUACUCGAACAACCCGACAACGCAUCACCCACCAGAAGGUAGACGAGCUGCUCGCGAACCGCCUCACUGCUGAUCGCGACGCGGUGUACGCCAAGCAGCUCUACCUCAAUCUCUCCACACUAUCGCCUUACGUCUCCGGCCCCAACUCCGUCAAGGUUGUAACGCCUCUCAAUGAGCUCGCGCCACAGAGAAUCAAAAUCAAUCGCGCAUAUCUUGUCUCUUGCACCAACUCACGCGCGUCAGAUCUCGCGGCCGCUGCUAAAGUCUUUAAAGACGCCGCUAAAGCGAACUCCGGUAUUAUCCCAAAGAUCGCCGAUGGCGUGCAAUUCUAUAUUGCCGCGGCUUCCGCUCCGGAGCAGGAAGUCGCUGAAGCCGCGGGUGAUUGGCAAGCCAUGCUGGACGCCGGUGCGCAGCCGCUGCCUGCCGGAUGCGCGAUGUGCAUUGGGCUCGGAACCGGCCUGCUAGAACCAGGCGAAGUCGGGAUCAGCGCCAGCAACCGCAACUUCAAAGGGCGAAUGGGCUCGCGGGAUGCGCAGGCGUACCUUGCAAGUCCCGAGGUCGUGGCCGCCAGCGCCCUAAGCGGCGUCAUCUCCGGCCCUGGCGCGUACCAGGUGCCGACAGACUGGUCUGGCGUGGAGCACGGGUUCGGCACGGGGAUACUGCCCACGACCGAGCACAAGCUCGACCACCUAUUGCAGCAGAUGGAAUCAGUGAUCGAGCGGGCGGAAACAGCCGUAGAUGCUUCUGAAGCGGCCGUCCAAAUCCUGCCGGGCUUCCCUGAGCGGAUCAGCGGCGAGAUUGUCUUCUGCGACGCCGACAACAUCAAUACUGAUGGAAUAUACCCCGGUACGCUCACGUACCAGGAUGACGUGUCCAAGGAGGACAUGGCGCGCGCGUGUAUGCAAAACUACGAUCCUGAGUUCAAUAACAUCGCCAAACCCAACGACAUCUUGGUGGCAGGUUGGAGCUUCGGCGUCGGCUCGUCGAGAGAACAAGCGGCGACAGCGAUUCUCGCAAAGCAGAUCCCCCUCGUCGUCGCCGGCAGCUUCAGCAAUAUCUUCGCGCGAAACAGCAUCAACAACGCGCUCAUAGGAUUGGAAGUGCCGCGCCUUGUCGAACGCUUGCGGUCUCACUUCUCCUCUGAGUCUGCCUCUACCUCCGUAUCCACCACCACCACCACCUCCUCCUCGUCCUCGUCCUCGUCCUCUAAUCCCGUAGUCCCUGAACCCACCACGAACGAAGAGUUCCUCAACCCCAAGCCGCCGGCCCCUGUGGCACCUCACGAGAGGCACCUGACGCGCCGUACCGGCUGGACGCUGACGUGGGACGUGGGGCACAGUGUCGUGGAAGUGCAAGAAGGGCCCGGCGGCGCGGUGUGGACGGAGCGCGUGGGCGAGCUGCCGGCGAACGUGCAGGAGAUUAUUGCUGCUGGUGGACUCGAGGGGUGGGUGAAGGCUGAGAUGGGGAAGGCGGACAACUAAGUUGGCGCCGUACGCCUACUCGUUCCAUUCCAUCACGAGCCCCUUCCGCAGCUUUUCGGUCGACUCAGCAACCUCGGGACUGUCGUCCAGGGCCAGCCGACCACAUUCCGCAAGAGACUUCUCCUCCCUCGCCCUCUUCGCCUCCAGAUUGUCACCUGCCGCGCAAAAUCCUCGCCUCCUCUGCGGAGCCAUUAUGUGGUCGAGUCAGGGGCCCCAAUACGAGACUAGCGUUCGUUGGGGACGGGAACAUACAAACUCCUAUACGAGAUACUGUAUUGUAGAAGCGCCCCGGGAAAAAAAGUUAGAGACUCUGUGGGCGAGAAAUAAGAUAUAAGGAGCAGAAUAAGUUAUAUUUAUGCCCUCCCUUUUCGCGUAUUCUUUAAAUUUU